UGCGUGCUUAUCAGUCUGCCAUCUGUGUAUCCAUUUUUAUUUUAUGUUUCUCUUCUCACUGGAAUGCAGGUUUUAAAUUGGUCUUACAAUGUGAAGAGAAUACAGUGGUAGGAGGUGGGAGAUGGCUAAGUCUGUGAAUUGCUUGCUGUGCACGCAUGAGGACCUGCACUCAAAUCUUCGCACCCAUGUAAAUAGCCAGCUAUGGUGGUGCGUACCUCUAAGUUCAGUGUUAGGGAGCCAGAGGGAGUCAAGUGUAUUUCUCGUGCUUGCUUCAUUGUUCAUUUGCCUAAAUUUAUGAGAUUCAGGUUCUUUGAGAAAGUUAUCUCUUUUUGGUCUUAAAAAUUAAAGUGGAGGACUACAGAGGAGUCUUCACAGAUAAAGCCUUUGCCAAUCAAGGGUGAGGACUGGGUUUUGAUCUCUAGCACCCAUGUAAAUGCUAGGUGGGUGUGGCAGCUCAAAUGUAUUGAUUCCUGGGCAAGUUGGCUUAGCCAGACUUGCUGUAAUAAUGAGCUUGACUUCAACCCAACCUUAUUGAUAAGGUAAGGUACGGAGUGAUUGAGGGAGACUCUCAGCGUUGUCCUUGGGCCUCCACAUGCACAUACACGUAAAUGCACAUGUACCUGUUCACACAGGUGUCACAUACAUGAGCAUGUAUGCCCACAUGGUAUACACCACACACACACAUCCACGUGCAAAAAUAUAAAGAAUAAAACAUAAGGUAGAGAGUGAUCAAAGAAGACAACUAGAUCUCUGCCUCCACACGCACGCACACACACACACAGAAACAGAAGUCAGAUGUAGCAGGCCACUUGUCUCUGGAAUGCAUGUUGUUAACCAGUAAUCUGACUUCAUUGUUGAGGCUGCCAAUGAGUCUCUGGUUCCUAUUACUGAUCAUACUUUCCUUUUUCUGGGAUUGUGGUUUUUCUGGAAGUGUUGACUGUCCUGUCCAUGGACAUGUCACCUGCCUUAGAUAACAAUGCCUUUCUCUCCAUGUUCAGCAUGCCAGAAAGUUUCUUCUCGAGCUAUACUCUAAGACUUCAAAUAUUGACAGCCCCUUCAUUGUUGUCAUCUUUUCCUUAUGCUGUUUCUGCACUAGUGACCACACUGGCAUGAGUUUAUCACUGUGCCACCCACAAUCGGCUAUGACCCAACAACACUGCACUUACACGUAAGCCUUUAAUUUAAAGCGCUUGUGAAUGGAUUACUUUUCCAGUGAUUCAGGCUCAUCCCACAUUUACUCUCAGAGGUUGCAACAUUUAUCCAAUUGGUUUUCAAUACCAUAUCUUGGAUUGUAUGUGAUGGAGGAUUGGCCCUAAUUCAUUGGCUCAUAUCUUCUGAAAUGUGUAUGAUCUGUUGUUAUUGUAAUCAUAGCAAUUCUUACAAUGUUUGGGACAACAUGCACAGAACCUGUACACACUCAAGGCAGAAGACAAAACAAAACAAAAAAAUCUAGCAUAGAAGAACAAGGAGGGCACAAAUUCCCACCAUUAGCCUAGAAACUCUAGGUAACUGAUAGCUACUGAGGGGAAGGCUUAGUUAUCUUUAGGAUGCAGCCCCUGGUGGGUCUGCAUCUUCAGCCCAUUCAGGUAGUACCAAAGGGAUUGAGUGGCUUUUAAAAAUGAGGACACAAAGUUUGGUGGUGAAUCUGGAAGGAGAUGGGGAGGGGUGAAAAUGUUCAAAUUACAAGGAAUGAAAUUCUUAUAGAAUUCAUAAAGAUUUUUUAAAAUGUUUUAACAAUUCUGAUGGGCUAUAGUCCAUGAACUAUGGAUUUAUAUGUGUACUUGUUUCCUUGAUUUUUUACAUAGCUAACUAAAAAGAGAAACUAGCAUAAACAUGUGUAUUUACCAGUUUCCUCAUAGGAGAGAAACAGGAGUGAGGUUACCCUUAAGACCUUAAGACUUUCAUAUCUGGAGUAAAACAGUCAUUCAGGUGAGAAGCUCAGUCAGUUGUGUCCUAUAAUAUUAGCAUGAUGACUACAUGGAAAUACAAUUUCUGUACAUUUUGAUGUUGAGAUUAUAAUUAUUUUUCUUAAUGUGGGUUACUGCAUGCUGCUCUUAUUUUACCCGGAGAAACCUGAACUGUAUCUUUGAUAGAUAGUUCAGUAUAGAUUUAAUAUUAUUAGACUUGCAUCUAUGUUUUCCCUUUAAAUUGAUGUGGUUUAAAGCAAAUAAAUAGAUUUCAUAAUCAUUUUGCUAGUACAAUUUUGCUUUUCUGUGACUUUUUUUACAAAGUAAUUUAGAGACCUUUUGCUUUAUUUGGUCUGCUAUUUUCUGUGUGUGCAAACAUAUACGUAUAGGUGUGUACCUGCAUGAAAAUGUCUCCUGUGAAUGUCAUUUGUCAUCUGUAAUAGCAAAACCAAAGCUGUAAUCUUCUGCUUUAGGCUACUGUUUACACUCCUGUGAGGCUGUCUGAUAUAUUGAUGACUCCUCAGUCUAUAUCAUCACCCGUGCUCUCUCAUCAGGGGCUUCUGACUUAUUUAGUAAGCCACUCACUGGAGGUCAUUGUGUCAACAUCUUCCAAGUUCCAGAAACAUAGCAUUCAGUAACUGAACUCAUUUUGAUAAUGUUUCUUCACCCAUUUUACUGGUCUUCCAAUGCUGCCCAGUUUCUCAUCAACAGCAUUUCUUUCUUUCAGUUUGUUAAAUACAUUUAGAAUGAUGCUCAGUGUCCCUGGGUUUAGUCCAGUCUACUCAGUUAAAUCUCUCUGGAAGCAUUAUUUUUUGUAUGCCUGUCCUCACCCUGAUGUUGGUGCUCAUCCUGUUAGGGUCAUUUCUUAUCCCAGUGGCUCCCACAUUUCAGGAUGAAGCAACAUUAUUAAAGCAUGUUUUGCUGUCAGCUUCAGGGAUGUUCGCUCCAUAAAUAUAUAUAGUUCCAAGGAAUUGCACAUCUUACCAAGUGUUUUUCUUAGAAUGUGUCUAAGAGGAAACCCAAUUAUGAUACUGUAACAAUGGAUAUAUGGCAUCAUAUAUUUGCAAAAAUCUAUAUCAGGCUUACCAUUGGAAGAAGACCCUAAAGCAAACCAUAAGUUGUGAGUGUCAAAAGUCAUUCAUUGUUUACUAAAUUUGCCAGUGGUCAUUCACUGGUUACUAAACAUGCAUUAUAUGUAGGCAGGAUUCUGACCAGGGGAAAAUCUGUGCCAAUGUCAUGACCUGUGUAUGUGAGUAAUGCCACUAUCUUUCUCCCAGUUUUUCUGUGACUCUAUAAUUGUUGAAAAAUAAAUUCCGGAUGAAAAAUAAUUAUGUGUGUGACAGUUAUAUAAUUUCUAGAACACAUCAUUGCAUACCUUUCUUCUCCAUUCUCUGGCUCUUACAGUAGUUCACAUUUUUUAGAUGUUCCUGAUCCUCAGGCUAGAGGAAGUUGAUGUAGCUGUACUGUCUAUAACUCUCUACUCAGAGCCACUUAUCAGUAUUGUAACUAGGGAUGAGUUUCUGCACUAAUAACUAUCUACUGCAAAAGGAAGUUUCUCUGACCAAGAUAAAGAUCAGCGGCACAAAUCUCUGAAUUUAAACAGAUUUAAAAGACAGUUUGAUAAUACAACUGUUGAGCAAAACAAUAGUAGGUCUCCCCUGGAGCCUGUAAGCUCUCCAGACUCAGGCCUUUGGGAAAGAGAGAUGGUUUUCUUUAGGGAUAUGGCCACUGGUGUGUUGAUGGGCUCUGAUAGAUGGCCUGUCACCAUGGAAAGUUCUAAUCAGGCUAGUGAUUGUUUUUGAAAGGACAAAAAAUUUGAAGGGAGAUGUGUUAGCAUUACUGGCAGGAGCUUGAGGCAAGUUGAGGUGGUGGAUAUGAUCAAAAUGUAAAGAUACAUGCAUUAAAAUUCAAAAAUAUGAGACUGACUUGUUGGCUGCUGCACUAAGAAGGGCACAGGGAGACAGAAUAGGUCGAGGGAGCAUAGGUUGUGGGGGUGAACAAUGAGGAGUGAAGGGAGGAGAAACUUUGGUUGGGGUAUAAGGUAUGAGAGAAGAAUAAAUAUUUUCUUCACCAAAAAUUAUUAUUCUAAAAAGAUCAUAUUUGCAGGGCAUAGCACAUAUAAUGUGAUGCAUGAAUUAUUAACCACUCCCAAAGCAUUUGUAGUUUUUAGACAUCUGAUAUUUCCAUAUCUAGCAUUCUUACUAGAGUAGAAUGUCUGUCAAGCAGAAUGUAAGGCAGGAGAGAGAAUUGUGACUCAAGGAAGAAUCAGUGUCUCAGAACUCCAAAGGAAGGCAGUUCUCAGAAAGAGCAAGCAGACAACCAUGAGAGUGAAGAUGCUGGCAAGAGCCAGCUCUUCUGUGAAGACAGUUCUCCAACUUACUGUUCUUGGCCAUUCUAAGAAAGUUGUAUGUGAGCCUGUAACACCCUGGAGAAAUGUCUGCUUACAUCACACAGUGGUUCCCUCAGCCAAGUAUGGUGGUAGACACACAGUGACUAUGAUUCCUGGAGAUGGCAUCGGGCCUGAGCUUAUGGUUCAUGUCAAGAGAAUAUUCAAAGCAAAUUGUGUGCCAGUGGACUUUGAAGAAGCAUGGGUGACCUCUACUUCCAGUCAGGAAGCUAUCCACAAUGCUCUUAUGGCCAUCCGUCGGAACCGUGUAGCUCUGAAGGGCAACAUUGCAACCAAUCACUAUCUGCCUGCCAUUUUCAAAUCUCACAACACCACAUUUCGUACCGUCCUUGACCUCUAUGCCAGUGUCAUCCAUUUCAAGACCUUUCCUGGUGUGGAGACCCGACACAAGGAUGUAGACAUCCUCGUUAUUCGGGAGAACACAGAGGGCGAGUAUACUAACCUGGAGCAUGAGAGUGUCACAGGGGUGGUAGAGAGCCUAAAGAUCGUGACAAGGGCCAAGUCUCUGCGCAUUGCUGAGUAUGCCUUCAAGUUGGCUCAGAAGAUGGGGCGCAAGAAAGUGACAGCUGUUCACAAAGCCAACAUCAUGAAACUGUCAGAUGGGCUCUUUCUUCAGUGCUGUAAAGAUGUGGCAGCUCACUACCCUCAUAUCACCUUAGACAGUAUGAUUAUAGACAACACCACAAUGAAGUUGGUAACCAACCCCCAGCAGUUUGAUGUCAUGGUGAUGCCCAAUCUUUAUGGCAACAUUAUCUCCAGUAUCUGUACAGGGCUGGUUGGAGGGUCAGGACUUGUACCUGGAGCGAAUUAUGGUGACUUUUAUGCAAUAUUUGAGGUGGGUUCAAAGCAAAUAGGUGAAAAGUUAGCUCAUAGAAACAUUGCUAAUCCUGUCGCCACACUGCUGACCAGCUGCAUCAUGCUGGAGUAUCUGGAUCUCCACAUCUAUGCCAACAACAUCCGCACUGCCAUCAUGGCGUCCUUAAAAGAUAAAGCCAUCUGCACACCAGACGUGGGGGGUCAAGGGACCACAUCAGGUGUUGUAAAUUACAUCCUGGACUAUAUGAAAUCCCAUGCACGCCGUCGUAAUCCAUGAUUCUUCCUGUCCCACACUUGACUCACCACCUUAGAAACUCCAUCCAGGAUGAAUUGAAAAUCAACAUUGACUCCAAUUCCCUGGAAGAGAAGGAGGGAUCACUUUUGAUUUUUCAUUAAAUUUAAAUGGAGUAAAUAUGGUUUACUUAGCAAUACUUAUUGCAAUAUGGACAAACAGAAAUUUCUCUGAAAGUCUAUUCCAAAGUCCUCACCUCUCUGGAAUAUUAUAUACUAAAUAAAUCAGAACUCUUCAUAAAGUUCUGGGGCUUUCUUAGAAUCUUAAAAAAAAAAAAAAGGUAUUUUUUUUCUCUUUAUCUGAGGCACUGAAGUUUAGCAAUCCUACCCCUAAAGAGGGUCUUGCUUACCUGUAAAAAAUGAGUUUAUCAGUGCAAUAAAGUUUGCCUACUAAGUAUGUAUGAAGCUGAACUAAUGCAGAAGGCUUCACACCCACAGUGUCCUCCUUUCCAUGAUGUUACAUAAGAUAUUUGUGUUAGGCAUCCCCUGUGAUGUUUUGCUGGUAUGUGGGUUCCCUCCUGGACCCCUCAAGCACUCCUAGAAAGGCCAUGGUUAAACUUUAAAAUGUGGCUAUCAAAUCCCUCCAGUCACAGAGCCGUUCUCCGCUUCAUAAACAGAACCUUGGGAUGCACACCACACAGUGAUUUGGAAUUUCAUGCGAUUUAUUUGCUAACUAUGAAAAAUUGCAUGCAAAAAAUCAAAAGCCAUGAGCUAACAAAUAUUUGCCAUUAUUUUUGUUACAUUUUAUUUACCGUGAUUUUUAAAGUUAUAGUUGGGUGUAAUGCAAACAACAACAAAAAAUAUUAGUGGUAUAUGAAAGACGUUCUUAAGUAGAAAAUGUCAAAAUGAUUACACAAGUUCACAGUGAUUUCACCAGAAGGAAUGGCAUGUAGAUGGAAGUAAAACUGGGAAAAGCAGAGCCAUUGGCACCAUCGUCAUAUCUCAUCUAUCAGCUGUGGCACGCUUCAUUAUCACACAUUAACGUUCUAUAUCUGGGACCAUGAAAAGGUCACAGAACGGCUCUCUCACGUACCGUGUGUGCAUGCACGGCUAGGUGAGUUGGAUGGAUUUUGCUUGAGGAGGAAGUGAUAGGCAAUCCUACAUACAGGAAGUUCCUGAAGAAGGCGAGUGGGGAUUUUAAAACACCUAGAGAAGAUUUUGUUGGUAGCCUGUCUUUUACAUGACCCAGACCACACCAGUGGGUUUUUUUUGUUUGUUUGUUUUUGUUUUUGUUUUUUGUUUUUUGGUGGACAGAGCAAGGAUUUAUUCUGCUGUCCCCACCUACUAUGCCACAGUGGCCAAAGUAACUAACCUACUCCCUACUUAUGACCCUUUUUCUCAACACUAGAGGUAUGUAGGGGUUUAUACCAAUUUUGAACAUGACAAGACCUAGACUCACUUUGACGACAAGGUUUUGGACAGUCCUCUGAGGAUCUAUCUCAAUAUUCGUAGCCUUUGGGCAUGACUAUGAUUACUGUAUUAAUUAGGUAAAUUGAGGUGGGAAGACCCACCAGGCAGACAACUAGAAAGAAGAAAAUGAACUAAAACUUAGGUAGUCAUUAUACUCUGCUUCUUGACUGCAGGUACACUGUGACCAGCCACCUCAAGUCCCAGCCACUAAGUCUCCCCCACCACAAUUAGAGGUGGAGUGUAGGCCAAAAUAAACCCUUGCUUCCUUAAGUUGCUUUAGUCAAUGUAUUUCAUCACAGAGACAAGGGAAGUUAGGUAAUACUAUGGCUUUAUUCAAAGCACAACCAGUUCAACUGCCGACAGAUGCCUACACAUCAGCUAUGUUUACCAGUGGCCAGGAUAGUAGUGGUGGUUAUGGUGAAGUGUUUAAGCUAGAGUUUAUCCCUAGGAUAAAAAUGUUCGCCAUCUGACUCUACCAGACUCUGGAGAUCACCCUUUACUGUCAUUCCCCACUUUCAGUGUUAGGCUUUUCCACUUGAGUAUUUCUAGAGCAAGUGGCAUGAAGCUGUUCAUCCUUGUUCUCCAUAACUUUACCACAAUGACUGGUACCCAGAAGAUAUACAAUACAUUUUUUUGAAUUAAUGAAACAGUUGACACUGGAUUGCUAUUCUUGUAUAUUGAGUGAAAUAAUAACGGUGCCAAUGUCAUAGUAUUGCUGAAAAGGCAAAGAAAGGGCCACAUUUUGGUCAUUGCAUAACACCAAGGUUUCCAGAAUCACCAUAUUCAUUAUUGCCCAGUGCAUGCUAUGGUACAUGAGGACUCUGAAGGGAAGCAGGUUCCCACAUAAGGUAUUGUGCAUAGAUUAGUAUUACUGUAACACAUGUUCAACCAGGAGAGCACAGUAUCUUCACCAAGUCCCCUGAUUCUCUCUCCUUUUUAUUUCAUUUUUCUUUUUGCAUGUGUAUAUAUGGUAUGCAUUUGUGUGUAUUAUGUUUCUACACAUGUGUGGAUGCAUGUGUAUAUGAAAAUGCAUGUUUGUGCAUUGGAAGCUUCUCAGUAUCUUAAUUUAAAGUAUCACCUGUUAACUUGUGUCUACAUAUAGAUUAUUUUGCUUUCUUCUGUUUCCUGUAAUCUACCCAAUGUGUCCUCACUGAAACACAAUGAAUCAUGUCACCUUCUUCAAGAUUCCCCAUUCAGUGUCUUCCCUUUGUUCUUUAAAGAAAGCCAGCUAAGAACACACAAUGCAAUAUGCCUUAAGCUGUAAGAGUGAUUGAGGAAUCCAUCACUACAGAGUCAGGACCUAAGACAGGGGCAGGCUCUUCAUUGACACACACUCUAAGUAUUUAUGGAAGAAAACAGGGAAGUGAGUGAAAGGUUCCAGUCACAAAACAAGUGUUGGCAACUAGAAAAACUAAUUUUUUGCAAAUACUCAUGUCUGGAUUUCAUCUACAAACCUUUCCAAGAUUGCUCUUUUCUAAAUAUUGCUGGAGCCCACAGGGAGGUGAAAGUUGGUGCCUGUUGGGCCAAGUCUGUUCCCUGAGUUUGCUUUACUGCGCUUGAUCAUCUCACCUUUCUGAACUUAUAUUCCAUCAUCUCAUCUUUGUCUUUAGUAGUCACUCUGCUUUGCUUUUAUCCCUGGAACAUAAGAAACAGCAGCAUGCUCUCUGUCUUUCUCUAACUUAGCUCAUUCUCUUACCAGGUAUUUUGAUUUGUGAUCUUACACAUCACUUAUUCAAAUACUAGAUCACUCAAAUACUAGAGUUGACAUUCACCUUUAGUCUGCCUCACAUAGGAAGUGUGUCAACACUGGAUGAGUUCUUUAGUCAUUAUGCUAUCUAGUUUAUUUAUUUAUUUAUUUUUGUAGAGUCAAAGCUGACCUUCAUAAAGAAUUCCUUUUUUUGUGGAUAGGGGACUAGGAAGAGUGGAGAGAUGGAAGGCUGCAGUGGAGAUGUUUUGAAUGAGAGAAGAAUAAAGAAAACAGGAAAAAAAUCGUUCAUUGUCUAUUACUAAAUGAUCCCAGAUCUAGUGGUUUAGGACAAAUGAUUGUAUGUCAUCAUUCUGUAGGUUAAAGGGAGUGCUGGGAAUGGCUGGUACACCCAUGACCCAUGGAUGUUGACAGUAAUAGCUGCCUGUCAGAACCCUCAGUUUUUUUUUCCCACAUUUAAAUCUGAGGUAACUGGGUCUCUUCAUGCUAUCUUUAUAGGACAGUAUCUAGUUUCUAAGCUGAAAAACUGAAGCAGUAGAUUUCUUAAAGCUUAGACUUGAAAAUGUCUCAAGUCUGUUACUUCCAAAUUCCAUUGAUAAGAACAUCCUAGAGAUAAAACAGAUUUAAGAAUAAGGAUAUGAGUCCUCUGUCAGAUAAAGGGUUGGUGAAGAUUCUUUCCCAAUCUGUAGGUGGUCGCUUUGUUUUGAUGACGGUGUCCUUUGCUUUACAGAAGCUUUUCAGUUUCAUGAGGUCCCAUUUAUUGGUUGUUGCUCUUAGAGCCUGUGCUGUUGGUGUUCUGUUCAGGAAGUUUUCCCCUGU